AUGGGGAGGUCGACGGGCGGCUGUGAGAGCGGCGAUGACAGCUCUUCGGGCAGGAGCUCGAGGGCGGACCGGCGCGUCGCGUCGUUCACGAGGCCGCGGGGGGGGGCUCCGGCGGACGCGCCGGAGGUGCGCCACUCCGCGUGCCAGAAGAGCGCUGGGGAAGAGAGCGUGGUCUUCGUCCGGGAGGGCGUGGCGCCCGUUCGUGGCGGCCCGCUGUGGUCCCUGUACUGCCUGUGCGACGGCCGGCAGGGCCCCGGCGCAGCAAAGUACUUCCGAGCCAACCUGUGGGCAGUCCUGGCGCCGCUUCUGCCGCGGAGACGCGUGAAGGACGGCGACACAGCUGGUUUUCACCAGUUCACAGGAGACGUGAGAAUGGCAGUCGUGGAGGCGUUUGCGGUGGUCGCCAAGCGAUUCCGCAUGGACGAGCCCGAUGACCAGUCAGGAACCUCCGUCACUCUGGCCAUCCUGUGCGGCCACCUGCUCACCGUGGCCAACGUGGGCGACUCCCAGGCCAUCCUGGACCUGGGCCUCAAGGAGCCGGUCCUGAUGACCACCAGCCACCGCAUCGAUGACAACGAGCCCGAGCGCAGGCGUCUAGUGCAGGCGGGUGCGCAGCUCAAGAGCGCGCCUUCAGCGCUCAAAGGGAGGCAGGGAGGCACCAGGUGCUGGCCGGGGGGCCUGGCGGUGUCGAGGUCCGUAGGGGGCGAGGCCGCCGGGAGGUACAUUGUGCCAAUUCCCCACGUCUACCAGGCCCUCCUACCCUUCACCGGCGCCCGCAUCAUCAUCGGCUCCGACGGCCUCUGGAACUUCAUCCACUGGCGCGAGGCCCCUGACGUCAUCCGACGCACGCCUGCCACGUCAGCAGCCACUCGCCUGGUCGUCGGCGCGGUCCUCCUCUGCAGUGGCCCCUGCUCCAAUGACGCAAGCGUCCUCGUGUGUGACGUCAUGCCGCCAGGAUGCGCAUCUUUCCCGGCAGUCCUGCAAAGCAGGGCUGAAGGACCUGAGGGCGGGAAGGGGCGGGGAAGCCGCUGCCGGCGGCUUCUGACCGCUUUCCUGCGCAGGGACUGCAGCAGCUGCCGCCCGCAGCAGAGCAGACCCACGGACGUCGAGCUGAAAUUCGUGGUGGCCGCAGAUGGGCUCGAAUUAAUUGGCGAUAAAAUCGAACAGCUCGACAAAUUCGAUAAACCCGAUAAAGUGGAUCGCGUUUUGGGCCCCAGGGCCCGCUCGGGAUCUCCGGAGAGCGACGGCGCCAGUUCGCAAAGUACUGCGUCGGGUGGGUGUGGCGUGCGGUGCUGGGCGCCGGCGUUUCUGUCCGCGCAGCGGUCGUCGCUGCUGGCGAGGUCGUCGAUGGGGGUGCGGUCGGCCGGGGCGCUGGACUGGGCCAGGCGCCUGCGGGAGGUCCCCCGGGCCCCCCUUUCUGGAUCAUUGGGCCCGGAGGACUCUAUCCGGUCGGUGGCCAGCAUGCCAGCCGGCGCCGCUCGCGAGAGGGCGCCAGCGGUCGCAUCCGCAGAAGGGUCCGGGCGCCAGGAGGGUCUGCCGAAUGCUACGCAUGAAGUUUGUAAUGGUGGACUUCAGGGGGAAAUUUUGAACAGAGGAUUUCAGCAGGAAGCCCUAAGCAGAGGAUAUCUGCAGGAGGACUUAAGAAGAAGAUUUAAGCCGGAAGUUUCGGGCAGAGAAACUCUGCAGGGAAUUUUAAAUGGAAGUUUUCGGCAUGAUGGUUGCCCUCCCGCGGACUACCUGGCGUCCCGGGAGUCGAUCCGGUCGGUCGCCAGCGUGCCGUCCACCGUCUACGAGAGCCUGCCGGAGAUCGCGACCGCCCCGUCCGCGGCCGCGGAAGCUUCGGAGCCGAGAGGCCUGGAAGGUUCGGCUGCGGCUGGGCCUCAGGGGCCCCCCGCAGACGCCCCAGGCCCGCCGGACCCCAUCCGAUCGGUGUCCAGCAUGCCCACAGCCUUACGCGAGAAUCUGGCAGGAUCGGAAUGCCCGAUUGCCCGUGGCUCUGGCCAGUCCUUAUCGGCGCCCGGGGACUGUGAAGUGUGGUCGAUUCGGUGCAAAGUUUCCGCCGGUGGGGGGAACGUGAUUGACCUGCUGCUGUCCUCGGGGGACUUGAGCCACGCGUUUGGUUGCGAGUCGUCGACUACGGAUGGCCAACUUUUGAAGACCGCGGGCCACAGCGCCGAUCCAGUGAAGUGGGAAGAUGCCAAAAGGAGCUCGGGUUGGGAAGAGAUUGCAUCGGCCGCGUCCCAGGCUUCGGGACCCGAGGCCCGGUCGGCGGAACCGUCGGCCCCGCCGCGCCCCCACGAGACCACCGCCGGCUUCCGGGCCGAAGCAUCGGCCAAGCCAUUGACCAACAUGUACCAAAGUCGACGAUCACUGGAUUCGCUCACGACAUCGGCCGAUGCGGGCAGCGGCGGCGGCUUCAGUCAUGGCGCAAACGGCCGGAUCGAUGGCAUCGACUCGCGGAUAGAUGAGGCGACGGGUUUCGGACGCGAGGCUGAUCUGUGCUGUGAAGCGCGGGGUGGCUUGGUGUGUCGGCGGGUGCCCAGCGAGGUGCUCUUUCCGGUGAGGCCCACCCCGCGGACGUCGCUGGCGAAGGCUGGGUCGGCUGAGCUGGGCCCGCAGGCCCGCGGCCUCGGGGUGUUCAACGAGGACGCAUCUCCGGCGGGCGCGGCCCCCAGGAGUCGUUGA